UUCAAAUUCAAUGCAUUUAGAGAAAUAGAAAUCAAUCACUGAAAUAAAAGCUGCCAUAUUUAGGGUCUUGAAUGGAAUCUAAAUUGCCAGUUGUAAAUUAACUUGAAUUAGCAAAGCAUGCACUCAGAAUUUUUUUUCCCUUAAAACAAAGUGUAGAAAUAUAUAUAUUCUGUGCACAGUGUUUGUAUUGCUUCCAACGGAUUAGGAGAAGAGACAGAGAGAUGGCAAGUUUUGUUGGUGAUGAAGUGCUUGAAUCCAAGCUUCCUGAGAUUCACCAGUCUGAUGUCAAGAAAGCUGUAGAAGAGGAAUUGAAUGAUUGUCCAAUCGAUGAAGUGAGGCUCACCGUUCCAGUAACUGAUGACCCUUCAGAACCUGCUUUAACGUUUAGAACAUGUUUUCUUGGGAUGAUAGCUUGUGGCCUUCUUGCAUAUUUGAAUCAAUUCUUCUGGUAUCGUACCAAUCCGCUAACUAUUGGUUCAGCUACAGCACAGAUUAUUGCUCUACCAAUCGGAAAGCUGAUGGCAAGAACUCUUCCCAAAAGGGACAUCCGAGUACCAUUCACGAAAUGGUCCUUUUCACUGAAUCCAGGGCCAUUCAAUAUGAAAGAACAUGUCUUGAUCACAAUAUUCGCUGGCUGUGGAGCAAACACUGCCUAUGCAGUGCAUAUUAUAACAAGUGUUAAGGCUUACUACCACAGACCUUUACACCCAGUGGCAGGAAUGCUACUGGUGCAAACUACUCAGUUGCUUGGAUAUGGAUGGGCUGGUCUAUUCAGGAAAUACCUAGUGGAUUCCCCGUACAUGUGGUGGCCAUCAAACAUGGUCCAGGUCUCUCUAUUCAGGACAUUACAUGAAAAGGACAAGAGACCUAAAGGAGGGCUUACUCGGUUACAAUUCUUUCUUAUGGUUUUCAUUUGUAGCUUCGCUUAUUACAUCGUCCCUGGCUAUCUUUUCCCUUCGAUAUCCUUCGUUUCAUUCGUUUGUCUAAUAUGGAAGGACUCAAUCACCGCUCAACAGAUUGGUUCAGCGCGUAAUGGCAUGGGACUAGGAUCAUUUGGUCUCGACUGGUCUACUGUUGCUUUUUUGGGCUCUCCUUUAGCCACACCCUUGUUUGCCAUUUUCAAUGUCUUUGCUGGGUUUAUCUUGUUUCUUUGGGUUCUCGUUCCCAUCGUUUAUUAUUCCAAUGCGUUUGAAGCUAAACGAUUUCCUUUCUUUUCUAGUAGAACUUUAGACUCCACUGGUAAGACCUACAAUGUUUCCAGAAUUCUCACUGAUGAUUUUGAUAUUAAUAUUGGUGCCUAUAAUAACUAUAGCAAACUCUACCUCCCCGCCAUGUUUGCCUUCAUAUAUGGGAUUAGUUUUGCUACUCUUACGGCCACUAUUACACAUGUUGCGCUCUUUCAUGGAAAAACAAUUUGGAAAAUGUGGAGGAAAGCAACAUCAGUGGCAGGCCAACUUGGUGAUGUACACACAAGGCUAAUGAAGAGAAACUACGAAGUAGUUCCCGAAUGGUGGUUUCAGGCUGUCUUGGUUAUUUCACUUGCGCUUGCAUUAUGUGCUUGUGAAGGAUUCGGGCGGCAACUUCAGCUCCCAUGGUGGGGACUUUUAUUUGCUUGUGCCAUCGCCUUCUUUUUUACAUUACCAAUUGGGAUCAUUCAAGCCACGACGAACUUGCAACCGGGGUUAAACGUCAUCACAGAGUUGAUUAUUGGGUACAUAUACCCGGGGAGGCCUCUUGCUAAUGUAGCUUUCAAGACCUAUGGUUAUAUGAGCAUGUCACAAGCCCUCCUUUUCACCCAAGACUUUAAAUUAGGCCACUACAUGAAAGUUCCUCCGAAAUCAAUGUUCAUCGUUCAGUUAGUUGGAACAAUCGUAGCUUCAUCAGUUUCCUUUGGCACAGCAUGGUGGCUUCUUACUACUGUUGAAAAUAUCUGUAAUACAAGUCUGCUAUCACCUGGUAGUCCAUGGACUUGCCCUGGUGACGAAGUUUUCUACAACGCUUCUAUCAUAUGGGGAGUCGUAGGUCCACGAAGAAUGUUCACAAAACUUGGUGUGUACCCACAGAUGAAUUGGUUCUUCCUCGUUGGCUUCCUUGCUCCGAUUCCAGGAUGGUUCUUCUCACGCAAAUACCCUGAGAAAAAAUGGAUCAGGUUGAUCAACGUGCCACUUAUUUUAGGAGGAUUAGGGUCCAUGCUACCAGCUAGAGCUGUGCAUUAUCUCAUGUGGGUUGCUGUUGGAAUUUUUUUCAACUUCUAUGUUUAUAGAUGGCACAGGAAAUGGUGGGCAAGGCAUACCUACAUUUUAUCUGCUGCUUUGGAUGCUGGUGUCGCUUUUAUGGGAGUACUACUUUUUCUGCUCCUUCAGAAUAAGAACAUCAAUGGUCCAGAAUGGUGGGGUUUAGGUGAUGAUCAUUGUCCAUUAGCAACUUGUCCUACAGCACCAGGGAUUAAGGUUAAGGGAUGCCCAGUUCAUUGAGCGAUUCUGCUAGCUUAAACCGAUUUGAUCAAUAUUGGUAUGGUAUAUCUAUAUCUGGUUGUGAAAUGAACCUGUAAUGAUGUACACAUGCAGUCUGCUUAAUUGUCUUUUGUUGUUUGCUUUUGUGUUGAACAUUCUCUAGAAGUUGAUUACAGCUUUGUAAAUCUCAAUUCCUGUGACUGAAUGUGUCUGCUGUUCAUAAGCCAGUGAAUAAACCAGUGAUUGAGGCAAUGAAACUGUCAUGAUGUACACA